AGAACGAUUUACUGGUAGAACGGGAAGACGCAAGUCUACAAACAAACAGUUAUGACACCGUUGUAACAGUAAGUUUUGAUUGCCAUGGACGACUCACAUGUACUCCACGUCGCCUCAAGCUUCGGCGAGAAGGAGGAGGUGUUGAAGUUGAUCCGGGCGGGACAUGAUAUCAAUGCCUUGGACGAACACAGGCGUACACCUGUCACGGUAGCGUGUGAACAAGGGCAUUAUGACAUCGUCAGCAUCUUAAUCGAUGCUGGGUGUGAUUUAAACCAUCCUGCUGUCGGCGAAAGUGAUGCUUCCGUUCAAACACGAAGCAGGGCACAAUUGUCAACGGACGACACCGGACUCCAACAUGCAAGCGAAGCUGAUGAAUCUCUGUCAGGGGAGGCAACUCUGGCUUCUGUGACCGUACACCCGCCUUUACAUGCAGCGGUAUCGGCUGAAAAUGAGACUAUUGUUAAGGUUUUACUUAACUCGGGAAGGGUAAAUGUAAAUUGUAUGUAUUUGAAACAAACGCCAUUGAUUAUUGCUGUCAAAUUAGACUGUCAAAGUAUCGUGGAGAUUUUGAUUGAAGCUGGUGCUCAGGUGAACUUUGACAAAAUCUCUGUCACUGAUGAUGGAGUCAUCACCCCCAUUCAUUAUGCAGUUGUUAAUGGAAAUUAUGACAUGUUGAAGUAUUUGAUAGAUCAUGGGGCAACUUAUAUAACAGAGCUUCCUUUAAAUGUGAGAAGCUACCGUAUUCCAGGUGCAGUGGCCUUGAGGUACUACGGAUCCCUUAUAGAACUCGCUUGUCAGAACAACCAGCUUGAGAUACUGGUUCUGUUGAUCAAUACCUAUGAGAGUGACAUCACAUUUCUUUGUAAGCACUAUGCCUUGCUAUGGAGUUGUCAGAUGGAACACAAAGAGUGUCUGGACAUUUUGUUGGUACGUUUAUACAACACGGAGUGUGAACUCAAUAACGCACACUUAGCACAGAAUCACCAACAGAUUCUCAGAAUAGCUCUGCGUCAAAACUCUGGGAAAGAUGAGGUUAUUCCACUGCGUCUUCUGGAACAUUUUGGUCCAAAAAUGUUCACAGACUCCACAAGCUAUUACACGACUCUGUACAUUGGUGUAUUAAGAGUUUUUCCAAAGUUUGUUAAGGAAAUGCUUGCCUUCCAUGAAAAGUUCCCUAGGACAGAGGACGAAGAUUUGGUGAUGGACAUCUGCUACUCCGCACUAAAUGGAGUCAACUUGUCGAUCCUGAAGGACCUAUAUGAAGUUGGACUGAUAGAUGUGAAGUACAUCGACCAAACCGGAGAGAAUGCAGCUUUCAACGUGGUCCAGAGUAGCAGAAGUACAGAAAUAGAUGAGCUGGUACAAUGGCUGUCAGAUUUAGGGGUCGACUUCACCAAGAAGAACAACAAGGGCUUGGAGCCAAUCCACACAGCUGUGGGUGCACGCACAUACAAGACCAUCGCUGCCCUUGUGCGUCAGGGAGUAGACAUUGACUCACGGACAAGCGAUGGCCAGACACCACUCCACCUUGCCCUCAACACAGGCUGGGAGCUGGAACGGUCAAUUGUGAAGACAUUAUUAGACGCAGGGGCUGACCCAUGUGUACGAGAUAACCAAGGUCGAACGCCGGUCACCAUGCUUGUGCUGUCCUAUUUCAACACGUUUCACACAGGACAGGCAUGGUGCCUGGAGAAGCCGAAUGGCUGGAGGUGGGCGCUGGACCUGCUUGUUGGGAAGCUGGGGUGCUUCCUGUAUAACGUGCAUGUGAUAGGGUUUGUGGCGCACAGCGACUGGCGGAAGCUGGUGGAGGCGAUGGAGGAGGAGCAUCGGUUGUUGCUGCAGUCGUUCCCUUCACUGCAGACUCUGUGUUGGAGCAGCCUUCGACAGACGCUAGGUGGCAUCCGCUUCUGUGACAAAGUGGAGCAACUACCUCUUCCUCAACCGAUGAAAAUAUUCCUGAAGACGUUUUGAAGGGAUCUUCUUCAGAUUAUACAAUCAAUCAUUAAGCAAUCCAACUGAUGAGCUUCCCAUAGGAAGUGUGGUUUUCUCUCCUCAUGAUAACUGUAUUAUCAGGAUUUAGAAACAUUCUUAUCGGUAUUUUCAGAUUGCUUAUGUAAUUUCAGGGAUAAUUUUACGUUUAAUUGUUGGAAAUUAUGUACAUGGCAUUCUGUUGAAUUAACUAUUGAGCUGUUCUCAUGAUAUGAUGGGCCACUGAUAUUGGUCUCAGAAGAAAACCAACAUCAUAAGUUUAUAUAUAUAGCUGAUGUAAGCAGCGAAUAUAAUAAAAUAAUGCUACUGACAUUUCUUAAUAUCCAAAAUGUCAUCUUGUCAGUGGCAGCAAAUGUAAGCUUAUCAGUGUGAGCUAAUGUCAUCUUGUCAGUGGUAGCCAAUGUCAUCUUGUCAGUGGUAGCUAAUGUCAUCUUGUCAGUGGUAGCUAAUGUAAGGAUGUGCUUGUGUAUGUGCUUGCAAGGAGCAAUAGUCAUGUUUAUAUCAAUUCUCAUAAACACUGGUUGAUUGGCCAUCUAUACUGCUCAAAAGAAGUUGAGGAAGUAACUGCAUAUGAAAGAAUCCUGAAUGGUGGUCCUUAACUUAUUUUGAGUAGUAUAUUAAGAGAUAUGCAGCAUGUUUCUGUAGCAACACAAUCAGAGUACACUAUGUAAGGAAGGAUUUAGUGGACUGGGACACGGAUACACAUACAGGUACAGGGUUUCCUCUCAGCUGUCAGAGAUUUCCUGGUAGUUAGUUCUAAGUUAAGCUAUUACACAUGCACCCAGAGAGAGGUGUAGUUUUCAACCACUCAUAGUUAUUACUGGGUAAUGAGUCCUGCACAUCUAUGUCACAUUAUAAUGAGUAUGUGAUUAUGACUAAUAACAACAGCUGUUUCACAGAAUUGAAAUUGAAUAGAAUUGCAUAUAUCCCUUUGCUGUUGCAGCAUGAAGCUAUAAUCACUCACUUCACACAGUCACAUGCACACAUGCAGUAGUCUUUACAUAAUCCCUGACAAGCUUUUAGUUAAAUGUUGAAGUGCUCACUGAUGUACAUCUGCAAUGUUGAAUAUCUGUUAUACUUUUAUGUGAUCUUCUGUUGAUGUAUUUUGCUUGCGUUGGCAUUGUUAUUAGUUAUAAAGCUAACCAUAUGUAUUACAACUGGAAUGUU